UGACGUCAGGGUGUUUCCCGGUGACGCCGCGGCGCAGGCGCGGCGAGCGCGGCGGCGAUUCUGGGUGACGUCACGGGCCGGGCGUGACGUGCGGUGGCGCGGGCCGCUGGGAGCUGGCCGGGAUCUGCGCUCGCCCCCCUCCCCCUCCCACUACGGGUCGCGGCUGGGGGCGUCCCGGCGGCGGGGACGCGGCUCCCCCCUCCCCCUUCCUCGCCCCAGCGCUUCGAUCCAAGAUGGCGGCGCUGAGCAGCGGCAGCAGCGCCGAGGGGGCCUCGCUCUUCAACGGGGACAUGGAGCCCGAGCCGCCGCCGCCCGUGCUGGGCGCCUGCUACGCCGGGGGCGGCGGCGGCGACCCGGCCAUCCCGGAGGAGGUGUGGAAUAUCAAACAGAUGAUUAAAUUAACACAAGAACAUAUAGAAGCACUGUUAGACAAGUUUGGAGGAGAGCAUAACCCACCGUCAAUAUAUUUAGAGGCCUAUGAAGAGUACACCAGCAAACUAGAUGCUCUACAGCAGAGAGAACAGCAGUUAUUGGAAUCCAUGGGAAAUGGAACUGAUUUCUCUGUCUCCAGUUCAGCUUCAACAGACACGGUUGCAUCAUCUUCCUCCUCUAGCCUCUCUGUAGCACCUUCAUCCCUUUCAGUUUAUCAAAAUCCUACUGAUAUGUCACGGAAUAACCCUAAGUCUCCACAGAAGCCUAUUGUUAGAGUCUUCCUGCCCAACAAGCAACGGACUGUGGUUCCGGCAAGAUGUGGAGUUACUGUCCGAGACAGCCUGAAGAAAGCUCUGAUGAUGAGAGGUCUUAUUCCAGAAUGCUGUGCUGUUUACAGAAUACAGGAUGGAGAGAAGAAGCCAAUUGGCUGGGACACUGACAUUUCCUGGUUAACCGGAGAGGAGUUGCAUGUGGAGGUCUUGGAGAAUGUGCCACUCACAACACACAAUUUUGUACGAAAAACAUUCUUCACGCUAGCGUUCUGCGACUUCUGUCGAAAGCUGCUUUUCCAGGGAUUCCGAUGCCAAACAUGUGGCUACAAAUUUCACCAGCGCUGUAGUACAGAAGUGCCACUGAUGUGUGUUAACUAUGACCAACUCGAUUUGCUGUUUGUCUCCAAGUUCUUUGAACAUCACCCCAUAUCGCAGGAGGAGACCUCCUUAGGAGAGACCACCCCGGCAUCAGGAUCGUACCCCUCAGUGCCCCCAUCAGAUUCUGUUGGACCACCAAUUCUCCCUAGUCCUUCUCCUUCAAAAUCCAUUCCAAUCCCACAGCCCUUCCGACCAGCAGAUGAAGACCAUCGGAAUCAGUUUGGGCAACGCGACCGAUCCUCUUCAGCUCCCAAUGUUCACAUCAAUACAAUCGAGCCAGUCAAUAUUGAUGACUUGAUUAGAGACCAGGGUGUACGAGGAGAGGGAGGUUCAACUGCAGGUUUGUCCGCAACACCUCCCGCCUCUUUGCCUGGGUCACUUACCAAUGUGAAAGCAUUACAGAAAUCACCAGGCCCCCAACGGGAAAGGAAAUCAUCCUCAUCCUCAGAAGACAGAAAUAGAAUGAAAACCCUUGGUCGACGAGAUUCAAGUGAUGAUUGGGAAAUACCAGAUGGGCAGAUCACAGUUGGACAAAGGAUAGGAUCUGGAUCAUUUGGAACAGUCUACAAAGGAAAGUGGCAUGGUGACGUGGCAGUGAAAAUGUUGAAUGUUACAGCACCCACACCUCAACAGUUACAGGCUUUCAAAAAUGAAGUAGGAGUGCUCAGGAAAACACGGCAUGUGAAUAUCCUACUUUUUAUGGGUUAUUCAACAAAACCUCAGUUGGCUAUUGUUACACAGUGGUGUGAGGGGUCCAGCUUAUAUCACCAUCUACACAUAAUUGAGACCAAAUUUGAAAUGAUCAAACUAAUUGAUAUUGCACGACAGACUGCACAAGGCAUGGAUUAUUUGCAUGCCAAGUCAAUCAUCCACAGAGACCUCAAGAGUAAUAAUAUUUUUCUUCAUGAAGACCUCACAGUAAAAAUAGGAGACUUUGGUCUAGCUACAGUGAAAUCACGAUGGAGUGGAUCUCAUCAAUUUGAACAGUUAUCUGGAUCGAUUCUAUGGAUGGCACCAGAAGUUAUCAGGAUGCAAGACAAAAACCCAUAUAGCUUUCAGUCGGAUGUGUAUGCGUUCGGGAUUGUGCUUUAUGAACUGAUGACUGGACAGCUACCAUACUCAAACAUCAACAACAGGGACCAGAUAAUUUUUAUGGUGGGACGAGGAUAUCUAUCUCCAGACCUCAGCAAAGUAAGAAGUAACUGUCCGAAAGCUAUGAAGAGACUAAUGGCAGAAUGCUUGAAAAAGAAAAGAGAUGAGAGACCUCUUUUUCCACAGAUUCUUGCCUCCAUUGAGCUUCUGGCCCGGUCGUUGCCAAAAAUUCACCGCAGUGCAUCUGAGCCGUCACUAAACCGGGCUGGCUUCCAGACCGAGGAUUUUAGUCUAUAUGCUUGUGCUUCUCCAAAAACGCCCAUCCAAGCAGGGGGAUACGGAGAAUUUGCAGCGUUCAAGUAGCCACAGCACCAUGGCAGCACCCACUCUGUUAUUUAAGUCUUGUGUUCCUACCGUUUCUUAACAUCAAAACUCUAUUCUGCUCCGACAAACCUAAAGUAAUUUAGAAAAGAUAUCCAUAAGCUUAAAAGUGGAGCGGAAUGGAACUGCCAGUCCAACACAAUGGGAAAAAGUACCUUUUUAGGAACCAGAAUACUCUGCUGCCAGUGUUUCUCCUUCAACACAAAACACCACGUGCAUUCGGAGACCCACAGUGGCUGCCUGAGCCGUUGGCAUCAUUCCCAGGAGAGAGGAGAGGGCGCUCGUGGUUUGACUUUGGUGCUCAGGCAUGAGGGGAUGGAGCUGCUGCUGCCACUUAGGAGACUUGCUUUGGAUGGUCUGCUGGUCGGCUUUCUCCCUCUAACAACGUAUCAUCAGAGGCUGAAUAUCUGAUGAGUGCUAAUUAAAAGAAUCAUCCUUCGUUCUGAUCUCUUUUCCUGGUGUACUCACUGGUUUGUGGACAAUGCAGUAUCCCCUUUUCACUGUAUUAGAAUGUCAAACGCCUAAUUCUAAACUUUUGGGUUCUAUUCCAGUAAAACUAAAAAGUGAGGGGUGGUGGGAGCCGGAGAUGGUGUUACCCUGAAGGCAAAGAGAUUCACCUGAAGGAAAAGGGGAUGCUGCUGCACUUUUUUUCAGAUUCACUUUAUCACUUCCUCAAAAAACAAACGACAACCACCAACCUUAACCUUUUCCUUUUCCAGUAUUUUCUUGGUGUGUGCAUAUAUAACAUCUUUUAGAAGGGUUACGUAGAUCCUUCUUUUGUUGGUCCAGCAACAAACUGAAGUUUAAAAAAAAAAAUGUAGCGAGAUUGUCCUUUGUUUCUUUGUAUCAUAUGAUACAAUAUAUUUAUCAAAGAUGCUACCGCAGCAUCUGAAGUCUGUAAAUUCCUGAUACAGGCUGUGAAUGGUGUAUGUACCUACUUUAAAAGUUUUAUUUUAAAUGAGGGUGCAGGUUAAUGCCAGGUACCUUACCAAUAUGUAAUGUUUUCAUAAAUGAGGAAAAAGUUCUCAGGUUGAAUUGAAUACAAAUACAGAACCCCCUAGAAUUAGACAUUCCAUCAAUUGUUUUGGUACUUUCGGGAGCUUUUUUUUUUUUUUAAAGGAUUUUUAUCCUGUUAGCUAAACGUCCUCUGAUAAGUGUGUGUGUAAAUGUGGAGCAUCUUGUCCUAAUGGCAAGUUGUGCGAUCAAAACAAAACGGUACUUGCUGGAUCUACACUGAUUACUUCUCCUCACAUUGCUUCCUUCCCUGUGAUCUCUUUCCCUUCCGUUCGUCUUUCCCUUUUGUACUCUUUGCAAACUAGGAUGACGGUGGCGGUAUCUACUUUAGAGUGCUCUGUUUUCCUGUCCUCCAGUCCUGGUUUUCAAACGGUUGGUAGCUUUCUGACAAGUUACCCAGUCAGGGAAAAUAACUCAUCCAAUUCCGCACAUUGUUUACCUCUAGUAGAAUAUCUUGUGAUGUGAUCUGUUUGCAGAGUUCUCUGGUAUGUGGUAUUACGUGUAAAUUAUUUGUACAGAGGCAAGUCAGACCACGUUAGAAAGAAAUUCAAGCUCAGAAGUUUUCAGGACUUGAUUCCUGUCUGCCCCGUACCACCCCACCUGAGGCAGGAGAAUUGACCCACCUCUAGAUGGGAGGUUCCUGGGGAGAGGAGGGUGUUAAUCACGAUCAUGGCAAAUAAAUGAAGGAGUUAAAUGUGUGUAAUGUGCUGUCCGUACUAAACUGUGUAAGGGGCGAGGACGCUGUCCUUCCCUCGCAAGGAGUUGGACUGUUCCUGCCUGCAGAACGCUGCUCCCAGGCUACGGGAGAAACACACAUCGGUAGUGGAAUGUGCUUCUAAAGGCCCGGAGUUCUGUGGCGUUGCUGGUAGUCUGUUCUUUUUGUCAGUAAAUAUUUACUGGGGUUAUAGGGACCCGACUAAUCUGAAGUGGGAAUUAUAACUGAAAUACUGUGUAUUCAUAUUAAUUCCACAAACAUUAGCAAGACAGCAAUAGUAAAUGACUUAAUAGUCACUACAAGAAUGACGCGAUUCAUGUUGAUACAUGAAUAGAAUCGACUUUGUGUACAGGAUGCAUUUAAAAAAAAAAAAAAGAAAAAGAAAAAGCACAAUUUUUUUUCUUGUCUGCUGUGGGUCUUCAGAUGCUGUAAGGCUUUUCUCCUUAUUGAGAUUGGCAGGAACUUCAAUAGUAGCAAUAGCCACUUCCCAGUGCGGAGAAGCUGCUGAGGUGAGCGAUGGUGCGGAGCAAGAAUGCACGGAGCGGGCGCUGAGGUGGGCACGGAGCCCAGGUGGAAGCGGUGUGGGGCCGUGCGCUCAGCAGGCCGGGGGCACGCGCACCUGUGAGCUCCAGGAGGGUGAGGCCACCCCGUGCGUUGUGUCAGCCCUUGAGCAGGCAGUGCCUAGUUCGUAAAUGAAGGGCAUACUGGAAAUUGAUAUUCUCUUGAAAGAAACUGUUAUCUGAGCGACUGUGUACAGGUAGUUCGAGAGUCAUUUGUUUCACAGAGCUUGUUAAGAGCCCUAGUUUCCUUCCACGAGGUCAUGCUAGCAGAAAACUGCUAAAAUAUAACUGUUAGGAAUUCCUUUGCUUAAAAUGAACUUAUUUUUGUGAAGAUUCAUUAUCCAUUAGUCUACAGUAUGCUUCUUGAGCCCAUAGGAAAAGCACAAGGAAAAUUGCUCUCCUUGUCCAUGCAAAGCACUUUAUAAGUAACACAUGGUCUUUGUCUCGUUGGUUGUUUUUCUUAUUUGGGGUUUCUUUGUUUUGUUUCUCUGUUUUGUUUGUUUUUAUUUUUUCCCUGAGGAAUGUGCAAGUUGUUUGGCUGCUGUUUAGAGAAGUCCUUUCAGGAUGCGUUUCUACUGGCUUUCACAUUUGUUUGUUUCCCUUUGUAUAGCUGUAGUUUUGUGUUUCUCUUUAAGAGGUCCCACGUAACACUCGUGGAAAAAAUUGGAAGAAAUUUGGUUUGUAAAUAAUUGCAAUUUUUUUUUAAUCUUUCAAGAAUUGUUCUGGAUGUCUCGCAUGCCAUCAGGAUCAGUCUUAAAGGUGCCCUGUAGAUGUUUAGUGAAAGGAGAGAUGAAUAGACAAGAACUGAGUAUCCUGUGUAGCAGUGGAAUGCAGGAAAUAAAUUGAAAUGAAACGACAAAUACAUUCACAUCAAUUGCACCAAAUCUCUUAUGCUUUUCUAUGAUGUCCCAAACAUGAGCACAUGCCAUAGUGUAGAAAUGAUAGCAUGUAUUUUGUGUGCAUAUGUUGGGACUAACAUCUAGACAGACACAUUGCUUUCAGCACUGCAGUAUCUAAUGACUUUUCAAAACUACCAGUAUCCAAUCCCAGCUACUCAUGAGGUCUUCAUUCACCACACACGCACACCUUCCCCUCUGCCUUUCCAAACAGUUAGAAGAGACCUGUUACAUCUCCCUGUUCAGUAUGUGAUUGUUUCCUAUGGCAUAUUCACUGGAACUGGAACACUGCAGGGGCUUAAGCCAAAAAGUAUCAGCACAAAGGCCUGGUUAUCUUGAAAGUUUCUGUGCGAAUGAGUCCUAUAUGCCCCAGAUACAAUUAGCUCAGUGGGUUUUUUAACUAUUCCUUAAAUUCAUGCGUGCCAUGAAAUGAAUCCCCUUCUACUUUUCAUGCAUACCUAAAAUAAUCUUUUCUUGUACUGGAAUGCUUUAGUAGCUGAUGGCGAUGCAGAACAUUUGAGGCCUCACGGAGCCAACGCUUCUCAGCGUUGCCUGGACUAGUAUGUGCUCAUCAGAGGCAGAAUUUGGCCUUUAUAACAUAAAAUGAAUGAAAUGCUGGCUGUUGAUAAAUACCACAUAUUCCACAAAUGCCCCAAUAGGGGAGGGGGAGAAACACUGUAAGUCGUGCAUAAAUAGGGUUGUUUCUGUGUGCGCCUCCAGCGUUUUGCAGAGUAUUUGGAGAAGCCAGAUCCCCAGAAACCUUACAAUCAGCUAUAUGUUAAGGGUUUGAUAACCAAAGGGGCUAGAUUUGGGGAAGGACCAUGUAGACAUUUCACACCUUUACCGCCUAUCAGUGUAAUUCCUCUCUUGACUGUGAGUACAACAUGCGUAGCACAAACUAUUCAUAGUACUGUAGACAAUGUGUCUUCUGUCUGUUGAAAAACGUUUCACCAGUAGCACAAUAUGGCAGGCAAAGCUUCUAGGUACAAUCAAGUUCACUGAAAAAUCAGCUGCAUGAGUGGAUUGCUACGGCAUCACUUUGAAGUUGCCGGGUUUUCUGUUGUUCGUUUUACAUAGAAGUUUAUGAAACAAACUGUUUACUGCAGCCAUGUUAAUACGUGUUUGCACUCUAUGUUUGUUUUGGCAUGCAUUUUAAAUACCUUUUGGCAUUGCUUCAUUACUUCUUACCUAGAAAAUGCAAUCAUUAAAAGAGCAGAGCAAUGAUGCUAACGUAAAAGCUACUAAGUCAGCACGAAGACAGCACUAAAUAAUUGUGAAAUUGUGGAGGGAGGAUACUUUUUGAAAACUGCAGAAUAUAGAGGAUACCAAGGGCAAAUUCUGUUUAAAACUGGCAUGUACCUUUUCUUCAGAAAAUAGAGCUACUGAGAACUUCUGUUAAAUGGUUUACGUAAAGAUCCCCCAGAAGAGUCUUUGCGGUUUGCCAAAUGAUCAUGUGCCUUCGCAACAUAAAAAGUACAACAGAAUGUAAACCAGGUGCUUUGUAACUGGAGCAGUGGCUUUGGUUUACUUCUGAUGCAGUAGUUUUGUAUAUAGCUGUUAAUACAGAUAGGCAGUUUGGAGUUGGUGAACUUCUGUAAAGGAGCAAGGAGAACAGAGAAGAUCCCCAGAAAUGCCUACAAUCAUUUCAGAGCUAGGAGCUGUAGUAUACUAACUCGGUUACAGCAAACCUGCUAUUUGAAAUCUGUUCUACUGAAAGCUAAAUGGGGUUAAUUUAAAUUAAAAAAAUAAAUAAGUCCUCCUUUCUCUCCAAAGACACAAGGAUCCUGUUAAAGAGAAGUAAUACAAAACUUUGAAGAGGACUAAAGUUAUACGGUCGUAAUAUCUUAGAAUGAGACGGUAGGGGAAAAAUGAGAACUAGAUUGGGAGAAAUUGAUGGCUGCUACUCACGUAAUCAAAUAGAAUGAAUUCCCUGGCCCUGAAAGUGCAAUUAAUUUUGCUUUAUGGAAUAGCAGCAGGCUUCUUUAGCUCUUUCUCAGGCCUCUUGCAGUUUCGCAACAAUGCACAGCGUCAUUGCGCGUUGACUUUGGGAGAUGAUGGGUACCUUGUCAGCUGAGGGAUAACCCGUGUAUCUGAGUGUGAGCUGUUCAGAUUGCAGCCUGGUCACUGAGGCUUCUGGCAGUACCUGCAUACUGGUGUCCUAUUUGACCUAUUCGUCCAUAAGGACGAAAGAAUAGAUUUUGCUGUUAGUGCUUUUUCUUUUGCAGAUCUUUCUCUUUUGUUUUUUUUGGCCUAAGACUUUGAGCAUAAUUGUAAAUGACAGUUAUGUCUGAAGGCGCAGUCCAUACAAAAAAAUCAGAGUGAUUUUAACUUGUUCUUUGUUCCCUUUAGAAAUCAAAGUAUAAUUUUAAAAAAAAAAAGUUUUACUAACGCUGCAGGAACUAUCUGAAAUCCUUUUACUGACCCCAAGUUCUGCACUAAAAGUGUACAUAAAGAGACAGCGUUUUGUCUUUUUUUAAUACAAAAUCACAAGGAAGUUAUUUCCGUAUUUUUCCAAGAGAAGGGAACUGAUGGGAGUGUUUAGAACUUCUAAACUGCCUAGGUGUUUGCUUCAUAGCAUCACAGCAGCAGUGUGCUCAGCUUCCCCAGUCCCCUUAGGAGCCAGCCGAGGCCUGUCCAGCCCUUUUGUCCAGCUUAUGGCAUUUGCAGCAGCUGUACUUCAGAGUAAGCCUUGUGUGACAUUGGCUUUGGAGUAUCACAGAAAAGCAAAGGAUCGUGUUCUUUUUUGUUUGGGUUUGGAAAAUGGUUAAUUUUUGUUUUGCUGAAUGUCAUUCUGUGUUGCAUUUGUGUAAUCACCGUAGUUGAAAAGAAAAUCUGUUUGUGAGUUUAAUGAUGGAACAUGAAAACAAACGAAGCCCACUGUCUGGGCACAAAUGUUGGGUCUGGGGUGCAAAAUGGACCAAACUGGGGUGUCGGGUUAUUUUGGGAUGGUAGGGGAUUGUGAGGGCAUAAUUUAAAUUAAAUUAACUCUGUCUAAAUAAAAUGUAAGUGCAAUAAAUGUGCUUUUUUAUUCAAAGCUGUGAACCUUUAGGGGUAAAAAAACAAAAAAACAAAAAUGCACAUCAUUCCUUCGUGAGCCUUGUGUCCUACCUGCCUCCCCUUCCCUCCCCGCUCCACCCUUCUCAACUGACAGAUACCUGGCAGCGGCCAACUUGCACGUGUUGGCAACGCAAAUCACGCUGCUGCUUUUCUUCCUAUCCCAGCUGUUGGGACUGGGGAAAAGUCCUGCUCCCUGCUGCCUGCCACCCUUGAGACUCCUCUGGGAGCCCGUGCUGCUAGAGCAGGUCUGCGAGUGUUCAGGUAAGGGAGCCAGCCCGUCUGCUCCGCAGUCCUCCCAGCUGCCCAUAGGGUGCACCUGCCAGCCCUUUGCCCACGACUCCCCACCCUGCUGCAGCUCUCCGGGUGGCCUCCCAGGGCUGGACAGAUUAGUGUUUUCCUUUAGCACCUGCAAAAAGUCAUCAGUCAUCAGCUGCCUAAUUGGAUCCCUGUUUCCCUCUGUCAAAACACACGUGCAGACUGGCCACUGUUGCCUUCUGUGACUCUGCCUUGUUUUGAAGGAGCAGGUACACCUGUUUGUAACCAGCUGUGCGCUGGUUGCACUCUUUCUUACUUGAGCGUGCUCUACUUUUCCUAGAUUAGGAAAGGUGCACCAGUCUCGGGGGGGUUCUGCAGGAGGCUUGUUGCAUACGUUUCAUUAAACAAACAGCAAUGGAAGGUGUAGCGCUCAGUGGUUGGACCCUGUGGGGGAGCUUGUUUAAAGUUUAUAGAUACAGAGAUCUAUAUCCUUUAAACUUGAUUAUUUUUAUAUAUAGUCAAGACAAUGGCAUUACCUCAUAUGCAGAGGCUUGUUUAUGCGAGGCAACCUAGUAAGGAGAGGAAAGGGAAAUCCAUAUAGAUUUGAUUUCUUUGUUUCUUAGUGCAAUGAAACGUACGUCCCACCCAUUUGAAUUGUGCUAACACAACAUUCCUUUCAGCUGUGUUUUGUUGACCACCAGAGGUUUGUGAGGGGCUUAAAACUACAAAAUAAAAGGUCCAGUCCAGUUACUUAAAAAAAGCAAUUGUGUUAGUAGAUUUCCAUAGCUGCUUUUUAAAAUCUUACAAUGGAGUAAUUGUUUUGAAACUUGUAUUUAUUUUUUAAUUCAUAACAAAAUGUUUAUUUUCAGUUUUCUGUUACAUAGAGGUCAUGGCAACCCCCCUUCUUUCCCUCUCGAGUCUCCCCUGUAAUUGCCAAUACAACUUAUUUUUCUUGUUUGUUCCUUCCCCCUCUACUUUUGUUGUCCCUUCAUUUGUAUUUUGGAGUUUUUCUCAUGUAAAUUUGUACAAUGGGAAAUAUUGUCCAGUUUGGUUAGAGAGCAUGGAGACUUAAAACAUAUUAAAAUUUGAUAGCUGAAUUCAGAUUAAAGAAAACUAUUUCUGUGUAAAGUUAUUUAAAGAACUCUGUAUUAUAUAAAAGGCAAAAAGUUCUAUGUACUUGAUGUGAAUAUGAGAAUACUGCUAUAAUAAAGAUUGACUGCAUGGAAAAGUCUGAA